AUUAUGUAACUCCAACAUUGAAGCUAUGUAUUGGUCUGUGCGCAAACUUGACUCUAUUAGGUGGCUGGUAUGGAUGACUAAGAAGUGUAACCCUUGUAAGUCGCAUUUGUUUUCGCAACAGCACCUUGACAACCGUUCCCAAAGAAAACAAUACUAGAAUCAGUCAGCAGAAAGACGACUUCGAUAGAUCGAGGCCUGCGCUCGCAGCGCCACCAUACUAACAAGCCUUAGGUACUAAAUAAUAUAACAGGUAAAACAGCAAGUGAAUGCAAUAAAAGUGACAUUGGGGGAGGUUUCGCGUUCCUUUCGUCUCUUCUCGUUCCCUUGCCUUAAUAUCCAUCCAAACUUCAAAGGGGUGCUCAAAGAAACAGCCUUUACACUCCAUUCCCGAGUCGACAUCCAAUCAAUCUCUCUUUACCCUCGACUACGAGGUACAUAAUACAACCUCCAGCCAAUAUGUCUUCGACCAAAUCGCAGACGGCCGUCACGACUCCCAAGAAGUCAACACCCGCGACGCCGCCAGUCACAGACAGCCCUGGCACGUGGCACCAUCCGCGCCUCCACGAAAUCACCCGCCGACAAGAAGCCACCAACUUCACGGAGAAGAACAUCAAACGCAUUGCUGUCAAUGUUCUUGUCCUUAUAGCAUGCGUUGCUGUGCAUACUUUACUCGCGCGAUGGCUACCACCUAGGAAAACGUUCCCUUACUCUGUUUGGUGGUACACUAGAUGGAUAUACCGAGCAAUCCUCACCAUACCCCUUUUCAAUAUCGGUACCAAUUUACUACCCCUAGUCAGACCAAAGGAUGACCUCUCCGACAUCCCCUUGACGCCUGGUCAACGACGGUUACUCGGUCUACCUUCUUGCAACGCGCCGCCGACACCUGGCUCCGUAUAUAGCACACCUCCGCGCUACGCUCGAACCCCUUCGAUCUCUGGUUCAGCAGGUAGCAAGCGUAGCUUCUCAAGCUCGCCACGAAGUCCUGCCUCGAACUACGGUAGUCCCAACGGUAAUGGGGGAAGCGGAGGUUUCAGCGGAUUGGCAUCGCCAGGAAGCCCGCUGCUUCAGAAGGCUAUGAACGGAGCGCGUCGCUCUUCGUUAGGAUCUUUAGGUUCGCCUAGUCCCAUGGGUCAGAGCACAGGCUCGUUUUUCGGAGUUCCAGAUAGCCCGACACCGAACCCAUCUGCAGGAAAGAGAAGCACCGUCGGUCUCAACAGCAAGUGGCUUUAUGAAAGAGGACGAGAUCGUAGGAGUUCGUCGGGUAAUGCUUGGCUGUACACCUAAGAUAAGGGUAAGCAGUGUAUGAUAUGAGUUACUGGGUCUUGGUGCAUUUUAUGAGCUCUUACUUGCAUGAAAUAGGCAUAGACAUCAAUACGAACGAAAUUAAUGCAGCAUCAGGUGUUUUACGGCAUGUUGGUUAAUGGUAAAGAGCAUGUUUAAGCAUAGCGUCUAGUUCUAGCUACCACGAUAUAGGAUUCGAGGGCUAUUUACGUGAAAAUUAUUUAGUUACGCUUUAUUCUAAUAAAUAGUUGAAGAUCCCGACUACUGAAUUAUUCGGUCGCAGAAGAGAUCCAUCAUAUUGCC